AUGGCUAUGUUGAUUAGCUUCAUCAUGGAAAUCACCCCCCCACCACCACAGGUCCUGGUCAGUGCUACUGCCACCACCGGGGCCAAGAGAAAGAAUGAAGGGGAUUCUGAAGGAGAUCAGCCUGGAGUGAAAGACCACAAAGAAGAAUCUGCCAGGUUGUCUGCUGAACCUGCUCCUCCAAAGGCAGAACCCAAGCCUAAACGAGGCUCCUGCCAAAAAGAGAGAGAGGUGCCCAAAGGGAAAAGGGGAAGAGUUGAUGCUGGCAAGGGUGGGGAUGGCCCUGCAGAAAAUGGAGACACUAACACAGACCAAGCAGAGACAGCUGCAGGUGCCGCAGACCCCAAGAGAAGUGUGUGCAGUUUUGAUAACGGUGCACUUCUGGUGACCAGACAGUUGGAAAUAGUAUUUUUCUAA